AUGAAUUCGACGCAAGAUGAAGUACGCAGCAGUAGAAAGCUUUGGAUGGCAUCUCUGCAAGGAGGAAGUUUUCGAGAGUCGUAUGGAAUGAGCAAAAUUCUUCCAUAUUUGUAUUUAGGUAGUUUACGUGAUGCAAAUGAUGUGGAGCAACUUGAUGCGAAUGAGAUUUCACACGUGGUAUCAAUACAUGAGUUGAGUGGGUGUGCUAACAAUGUUUUGAAAGAUCGUGAUGUGCUGCAUAUACGUGUAGCUGAUGCAUCUGAAGCAAAUAUUCGUGAACAUUUUGCUGAGACUGCGGCUUUUAUUCAUCGUGCUCGUCUUUCUAAAAAAUCAGUGUUGGUACAUUGCAUUGCUGGAGUAAGUCGGAGUGUAUGUAUUGUAGCUUCCUAUCUUAUUGUGGCUUGUGAUUUGGGUUAUGCUGCUGCUUUAGCAUACAUCGUUAGCAAGCGACCUUGUGCUAAUCCGAAUUUUGGAUUUCGUAUGCAACUUGCUGAUUAUGCGCAAGAGAAUGCAUCAUCCGAAGCAUUUUCUUUGAAAGCCCAGUUUACUAGCGAAGAAUGUGAUGACUUGAAGGAGGCUGAUAAGCAGUUCCUGUCAAAUUACUGCACAGCUUCAUUACUGGAUAAAACAAUGGUAUCUUGA